AUGUUGUCCAGGUUCUCCAGAAUGGCCAGCAGGCCAUGGCCCAUGGCUACCAGUGCCGUGUUCGCCAGAUCCAUAUAUACCACUCCAGGGCUCCUCGCCAAGGCAUCCCCCAUAACAUUGAACGCCGAAAACACCACCAACACUGCCAGCACCAGCACCAGCAACACCCCAGCAGGCUUCUCCCAGAUCUCUGGCUUCCAAAAGAAGGCUUCCGAGAGAAAGAACGAAAAGAUCGUUCUUUGGAAGUUGUACGCCACCUUUCACAGACACAACACCUUGACUACUUUGGUGGCAGUGGUGGAAGACUUGGACUACCUCGAAAAGAACCCCAACCUCUCCUACAACGAAAAAGUCAUCUACUACCUCCAAUUGCCCCACCACCCCAAACUUCACAUAUCUGCUGGUCAGUUGGGAUUUAGGAAGUCCCAGAGACAGGAAUACGAGGCCGGGUUCCAGGUCGCCAGUAAGAUGUUCAAGACCAUCGAAGAAAAGAAAAUGAUUGGCCCCAACGACAAGAUCGAGUUGGUGUUGAAGGACUUCGGAAAGGGAAGAGAGGCAUUCCUCGCUGCAUUACAAGGAAAGGAAGGUACCCACAUCAGACCUCACAUUGCCAGGGUCAGUGAUAACACCAAGUUGAGAUUUGGUGGGGUGCGUCCAAAGAAUGGACCAGGUGAAAAAUUCGAAAAGUUACCCAUCCCCAAACACUUGAACCAGAACAAAACCAGUGAAGUACCACAAGCUACUACUAAGGCUUCUGCUGCUAAGAAAUCCGCUUUGAAAGGUACCAACCCAUCCAAGGCUUUAAAGGUCAGAACUUCUUCUACCUUCAGAUUGCCAAAGACCUUGAAGUUGUCCAGAACUCCAAAAUACGCUAGAAAGUCCGUUCCACACUACAACAGAUUAGAUGCCUACAAGAUCAUCGUUUCCCCAAUUGCCUCUGAAACUGCCAUGAAGAAGGUCGAAGACGGUAACAUCUUGGUUUUCCAAGUUGACUUAAAGGCCAACAAGCAUCAAAUCAAGGCUGCCGUUAAGGAAUUAUACCAAGUCGAUGUCGAAUACGUCAACACCUUGGUCAGACCAAACGGUACCAAGAAGGCUUACAUCAGAUUGACUGCUGACCACGAUGCUUUGGACAUUGCCAACAGAAUUGGUUACAUCUAA